CGACAUGUAUAAACAAACAAUAAAAUAUGUUUAUUUCAUAUCGAUUUGUACAAUUUAGAGGAUUGAAAUUACAUCUGCUGGUUAAAAUCCAUUGAGCGCUGGCCAGGCUACUUCAGCUGGCUUGUAAAACCUGAAAAGCAGAAGGCGCCGGUUGCACCCAGGACAUCUGUGCCACCGGUCGGAAGAAAAACAAGCUGAAGUCCUCGCAGAAGGAUAAAGUGCGUCAGUUCAUGAUCUUCACGCAAUCUAGUGAAAAGACUGCACUGAGCUGUUUGUCGCAAAAUGACUGGAAAUUAGACGUUGCAACAGACAAUUUUUUCCAAAAUCCUGAUUUAUACUUACAAAGUUUAAAGGGAGUGCUGGACAGAAAAAAGUUAGAACAGCUGUACAACAGAUAUAGAGAUCCCCAGGAUGAUAACAAGAUAGGGAUUGACGGGAUUCAGCAGUUCUGCGAUGACCUAGGCCUGGACCCUGCCAGUAUAAGCGUGCUGCUCAUUGCCUGGAAGUUUCGGGCAGCGACACAAUGCGAGUUCUCCAAGCAGGAAUUCAUGGAUGGAAUGGCUGAGCAAGGGUGUGACAGCAUAGAAAAACUAAAAGCGCAGCUGCCAAAAAUGGAGCAAGAGUUAAAAGACCAAGGGAAAUUUAAGGACUUUUAUCAGUUUACAUUUAACUUUGCAAAGAAUCCUGGACAGAAAGGUUUAGAUUUAGAAAUGGCUAUUGCAUAUUGGAAUUUAGUACUUGCAGGAAGAUUCAAAUUCCUUGACCUGUGGAACACAUUUUUGUUGGAACACCAUAAAAGAUCAAUACCAAAAGACACCUGGAACCUCCUGUUAGAUUUUAGCACAAUGAUAACUGAUGACAUGUCCAAUUAUGAUGAAGAAGGGGCAUGGCCGGUUCUCAUCGAUGAUUUUGUGGAGUUUGCGCGACCUCAAGUUGGGACAAAAAGCACGACGGUCUAGCGCCGGUGAAGCCUUCUGUAGGCAUGUACAUACCGUGUACAUAGAUCGAUCUAGACAUCAGUAAAGAAAAGAGGACUGGACUAAGGGGAAAACAAGUCCUGCCUUUUCAGCCUCAAGGGCGAGACUAAACGAAAGACAUUUUUAAAGGCAUAUCUCCUCAGUCAUCUAACGGUGGUUUGGGCUUCAGUCUUCAGAACGGGGCGUUUUUUUUAGAUCACACAGCCUGCUGGAGACACUUCCGGACCAUCCCUCGUUCUUUACCAACGUUCCUUUGGCGUUUGUUCGGCGUUUGUUUUAGCAUUUGUUUGCCAAUGUCCGCGGCUUGUAUUAUUUACACCGGAUUUUGGCUUCUCCAGUCCUCCAGGGCUGCAGGGAUUCACGCCCCCCCCCCCCCCCCCCCACCUCGUCAUUUUGAUAGGGACUCGAUGUGCCACUUGUUCAAGGUGUGACUGAUUCUAAAUUGAAGAUGAGUGUAUAACCUGCUGGACUCUGGGCCCCUCCAGGACUGGAGUCGCCCGUCCCACAUUUACAAAGCACAACCGUGUGUUUUUCGAAAAACAAGGUCCUGUUAAUGAAUGUCACGUACAGUAAUUUCCUUUCAGUACUCUAAGUGCAUUCUGGAGUUUUUUUUGUUUUUUUUUUCCUCCAUGUUUUUAAUGAAAAUAUAUAAAAUAUUUAAGUGAUAGAACAUUGAUUGUACCAUUCUUGUUUUGAACGAACAUCAUCGGAGUAAAUCCAUCGUUUGUGUAGGUGAUGCUUUAAUUUGGCAUAUCUGAAAUGACACAGUGUAUUGUCACCCUACUGUAGUUAUUUUUGUGCUUGUGUGAAUCUUAGGCCCGGGUUAAAUUUAACAACACUGUACUUUGUGCUUAAUUUUGAGCGAUGAAUUUAAGCAAAUGUCAUAAGUGUUAAGUAGCUGCAGCUGCCGUGAUGUAUUAAGGGAUGAAGAAAAGCUUUACUGUUACUCAGUCAAGUACAGAGAGCAUUGUGGUUAAGUGUAACCAGGCCUAAGAGUUUCUGUCAGAGCCUUUCUGUAACUAAACCUAGAAUCAUGUGUUUUAACAUUACUUGAUAUGUACAAAAGAGAAUUAUGAAUUUGUACCUUUUAGAAUAUUAAUUUUUGCAAACAACAAUAGGUAAAUACUGUUUUGAUACAGCACCCGCUGCUAAAUGCUAUUAAACUGCAGUUUGUUGCACAGUGAAUUGAAAAUUCCACCUGCUGAAUCGAUAUAGUAUUUGUGAAGAUCACUUUUGGAUAUGAUGGACAUUCUCUUCAGAGUAGGCUCAGUUGAAGAUUGAAGGCCUGGGUGCUUAAAUUAAAUGGUCAACCCGACAUCUUUAUGUAUGACAGGAAAGCAAAUCACUUAAGUUAUCUUUUUUAAAUUGUUUUUCAAGUUUUAAGGAAGACAAAUAAAACUGUCAAAUAUCGUG